AUGAGUGUCAAGAGGAUCCAUGUUGAGAAUCACCAACAAGCUGAUGAUGAUGUUGACAAUCAUCAAAAAAAUCCUGUCAACUCAAUACCCUAUGAAAUAUUAGCAAAAAUAUUCAUGUUACUGCCAAUUGAUGAAUUAUUAAUCAUGGAAAAAGUUUGUAACAGAUGGAUGGAGGCUUGUCCACUAGCUUGGCGUGACAUUAAAAUAUACAAAUCUCGUGAAUCAGUUGAUCGUAAUUGUGAUGAAUAUAUGUUAAAACAAUCAUGCAUUGAAAAAAUAUUAUCAAGAUGUGACUCUCAUUUAAAAGAAUUAACAAUUUCAAGAGCUUUUGAUUCAAGUAUCAUGAAAUUUGUUUCUGAUCACUGUCAGAACUUAACAACAUUUGAAUUUCAAUUUGACGUCAGCAGAAAUAAUAAUGCCAUCAACUAUUAUCGAGCUUUUACCAAGUUAGAUAAAUUAAAAAUCAUUAAAAUUAAAGUUCAUUAUGAUGACAGUGAUGAACCAAUUUGUCUCCUUGAUGCAAUUAGCUGUCUAUCAAGAGACAUCAAUGAAAUUCAUUUAUCAUUUUUUCAUGUAGAUAAUACCUACAGGUGUAAAAAAAUUUCACCCAAUUUUGUAAGUUAUUUCUAA